AUACCAGGUACCUAGUAGUAGUAGGUACCUAGAGCCGAACCCUAAAAACAAUUUGCAGGCAGUUUGGUCUGCGCCCCCUAUACCGUAAUACUAUCUUAGAUCUGUACCAACCACACUCCGAGGCUGAGCUGACAUGAGGCUUCGGAACACUUUCGGAAGAACACUUCGCCAGCUGCGCUUUGAAGCAUUGUAGAGGCGCUUGCAGAAGCUAGAUGACCGCAGAUUCGACGCAGCAAUUGGAAGACAUUGUCUAGGUGCAAGUGCAAUUUUUUGAUUUCGCUCGAAGAUGGCGACUCGCAAUCGCACAGUGGCUUUUUUGAAGUACCGGGAGGCAGUUCGUCAGAGCAAGCCGGCAUUCUCAGCAACAAUUGAGAUGUCUUCGCUGACUGCAAGUAAGGGCCGCAGUGGCUAUGACACGAUCAGUACAACGGAUGCUGACGGAAGCAGGGGCUCUGUAGGGCAUGCGCUCCCCCCUGCCUGGGUGGAUGUCAGCGAGGAGGUGGCCACGGAGAUUGGGAAGCUGAGGCUCAAGAUGGCUGAGCUCAGCAAGAUACACUCUCGAGCCCUCAUGCCCACCUUUGAUGACAGCGGAGGCACUGACCAAACUAUCGAGAUUGUCACCCAGGAGGUCACACGGGGCUUCAAAAAGUGCGAACAGAAGCUGCGAAGGUUGGAGGCUGAGAAGGGCGCCAAGGGCCAAGAUGCAAGCAUCAGAAAGAACGUUCAGAGGGCGUUGGCGACAGACCUUCAGGCAAUAUCCCUGGACUUCCGCAAGCAGCAAAAAGCAUACCUUCAAAAGCUGCAAGCGCAGCAAGACGGAGCCUCUUCAAGUUUGGGAACAGCAUUAGAUCGGCCUCGGGAAGAUGAGGACGAGUCAUAUGAUCCGGGCUUCACAGAGGUCCAGCUGCAGAGGAUCAAGAACUCGGAAGCGCUAGCUGCUGAGAGGGACAAAGAAGUUCAGCAGAUUUUGGAGUCCGUGAAUGAGCUUGCCCAGAUUAUGCGAGACUUAUCCACGCUUGUGAUCGAUCAGGGAACAAUAGUGGACCGUAUAGAUUACAACAUCGAGCAAGUGGCCACAUCUAUCAACGCUGGAGUCAAGGAGCUCGAAAAGGCUGAGAAGACGCAGAAAGCUGGACGGAUGGUGUUAUGCGUAAUGAUCCUCAUACUAAUGGUUUUGUUCAUGCUGGUGGUGCUUGUUUUGAAACAUUUAUUCUUCUAGAGCAAGCGUUGAAGAUUUACGUUGUCUUUCCAAUUGUCAUGCAUUUUGCUGGACGGAGUUCUAAGCAGAAACCGAGCUUGCAUGCAAUUGCACCAGAUUCACAAGAUCCCACCAGAAUCAUUUACGAAUUAUUAGUAAUGAAAGCCAAGAUGAAGGCCCUUGAAUGUCGAAUUUUUCAGCUCGCC